AUGUGCUACGGGGAGAAUUGCGCCCCUCAGGCCGAGCUCUAUAUCAAUGCUCAGCUCAAUGCUCUCUAUCAGAAUGCGGUGGCGUGUAUCGCUCAACACGGAAAUGCCAAACAUGCUGAGGACCACUUCAGGUAUUCUCAUGCUCUCGCGGAUUUUUUCUUCGGUCCGGUCGAAGACGAGACAAAUUCCGAACUUGGUGCUAUGUUCCAGGCUUCCUUUGACAGCCCCAGCCUUGAAUUCGUAUGUAACCAUAACGCUAUCUUGCGGAUCAACAUCAAGGAGGGGCAUUACUACUCGGAUCUCACUGACAAUAGACCUUCCGUCUUGAAUAAGGAAUGCGCCCAACAUAUAAACAAAACGGAGGUGGCAUUUCGAGUCGAUUUCGAUGUACGCGAAAUAGACCUUGCCGGGGUGAAGCAUGGAAAUGGCAAGGCUCUCAUCCGACUGGUUAUCCUCGAUCUCACGACGGCGCGCUUCGUGUCAUCCACACCCGCGCUACCGGACAGUCCAGACGUUGUUGCGUUCUAUCUGACACAGUAUCUGGAAUUCCUGCAGCGCGCUGGCAUCAACAUGCUGUUCUCUCUACCCGACUUCGACGACUCCGACUUCCGGCUCACUAUUGACCAUCUAUUCAAAGGUCACGCUCUCGUCGAUGCAGGAGUGCUUCAUGGCACCUCUGUUGAGGCGAUCAAUGCCCAGCUCUCGUCUUCCUGGCUGAAGGCAGCGAUGCUUGUUGACGGCGACUCAGAGCAAGAGACAAUCGCAGACGGGGCUGCUGUCGCCCUUGCACAGUGCGAAGGUUCUUGGACGGUGGACGAGACAGAUAUCCAGUACAACCUGAAAUUCGAUGCGCCUCGUGUUGAGGCGAUUUGCUCGCAGGAGGCUGUACUCUACUUCAAACUCGAUGAGGUAUCCUUCCAUGCACAGUCGGACCACGUGGAGCGGAUAGAACAACACACCGAUCGCGGAUGGGAAAUAGCUAUAGCUGCAGAUGUCGUGCGACGCGAAGAAAGCGACGGAGGUUCUACGCUUCUUGAAAUCGAUGCUCAGAAAUCACGUGUCUGCGAAGACCUGUGUACGCUCCCUGAACGGGAGGAUGCUGGCGAAUUCGCUCAAAUUUGCGUUAAGAGUACUAUCGAGUUCUUCAAAGAAGAAUAUCUUGCACUCCUCGACAGUGGCGGCAGUCUUACGCUAUAUGACUCGCGACUGACAACUUCGAACGCUCACGAAGACAUCAUCAACGCAGAUAGCGUGUCCGAGGAUGUCGUCGACGAAAACGAAGAGGUAAAUGAUGAAGGGUUGCACAAUGUGCAGCCUAACUCUCCGUCAGUUGGGUCCUCUAGCGACAUCAGCAGUGUUCGACUCGCAUCAUGGAAAGCAGUACUGGGCUCUGAUAUGCAUGGCUUUGAUGAGGUCAUCGCUAUGUCUCAGGCUACCAUCAAUGUUCACUUCAAGCGUCUUUGGAACGCCGCUGUAACGGCACAAGCCUCAGAGAAAACUGCAUGUCUGGCGCGUUGGACAUACGAACAGUUCUUCUCAGCAACAUUCAAGCCGCCCGCCGUGCGAUUGCUCAGUAAUGGUCGAGCCAUCCUUUGGGUACACCUCGACGAAGGCCAGCUGAAGGUCCUCAAGAAUAAGACUCCUUGGGAUGAGAGUGAUUGGUAUCAUUUUGCGGAUUGGCAACUUGCUUUCGAGCUGGACGUCAAGAUGGACUCCGGGCUUGAAGAAGCUCGACUCGCCUCAUUAUCGCUGACAUCAGAGUCGAGUUUUGACUCUGACAACUGCGAUUGGCAACAUGUUUACUUCGACUUCACUAAUAUCCAAUUUCUUCACGAAUACUCGCGUUUAGAAGGCCUCUUGCAAACACAAGACGACAUACGACCUAUCGACAAAGUUCAUGCCACACUGUACUAUAUCCGAUAUCACUACUUCUUGGAACUGCGACGUAGUGGCCUGAAUGCUUUGCUCAGCAUUCCGAUUUUGAAGUCUUCUAGUUCAUUGCCGUCGCUCGCUUUAACUAGCGCGUCCUUGCGUAUCCACUCAGACCAAGUCGUCACGCGUAAGAACUGGGCACAAAUGGCAUCCUCCUUUGAACCCGUGCUUUUGGUUCUCGGUAUGACAGCCUUCCGCUCACCACCCUCGGCCUCUCUCGAAGGCACUACCGAUUGGAUUGUAAACUGGCGGAGAAGCUCUUCUGAGGCGAUUAUCUGUCUUUCGCGGGAUAUCGUCACUGAUAGGACUCUGCUCCUCCCCCUUGCUCGUAUAAGCACCAUGACGACGAUAGUCCCCAUCAUCUCCCCCGUCGACACCAUCGGUGAAUGGACACCUCAAUUCACAGCACUGGUGCGUGACCAGAGCAGGAAAAACCGCUCUUGCUCCUGGACAACCCAGGAAUCCGACAAAGAAGGGUCUCUAAAGUGGAAGUGGGAGCAGCGCGUUGCUUUCCACUACGAGCAAGAGGGCGACGGCAUCGCUAGCGGGGCUUGCUCUGCAUCAUGCAAGACGUGCAACUACGUAGAGCUAUCAUCCACCCCUGCAAGGGACGCUAUGCAGAUCAAAAUGUGGGGCGACGUCAAAAUCGAAUCAUCUGUCACAUUGGAGACUGCUCAGAAUCUCGCCAAAUCAUCUGCAAAGUGGAACAUAUCGUUAGCGCUUCAAUCUACUAUCGGUGGCAUCGAGGCCCGCGUCCUUGAGGUAGUCAACCCCACCUUGGAAGAUGAUGAACACGAAGGGGGUCUACCUACCGUCAAGCUAUUCGAUAUCCGGUCUAUGCUUGCUGCCGAACUUCCCAAUGUGAUUGACGCAGAUGACCUUUUGCAAGAGCUACGUCAGUUCGAGGGUCCAUGGCAAUUCUGCUACCCAGGGACAGAGGUAUGCACGCUCUCAAACCCGAUGGCGACUGCCAAGGGGGACUUAGUCUUCGAGUUACGAACAAGUUCUCAACAAGAAGUAUCUGCACCUGUGACGCCGACAGGGCUUGGGAUUGUCUCUUCCUAUGACACACAAACCUCAGAAUUCGCAGUAGACAUCACGAUGACUGAUGUCCAGCGAUCGCAUCUCAUCGCUACCGCUUGACGUUCUGUAGUCAACACUGUCGUAUGUAUCCUAUUGCCCUUCUCGUUGCAUAAUAGCUUCGCGCGUCCCAACUC